AUGAAUGUCCCACGGGCUCCAGUACGGGGUCUUCUCCGCCAAACCCGACGCUGCUACUCGGGGGCCCCAUCACCUUCAGCACGUCUGAACCUACCAAUCGACUACAAGACCACUCCUCUACUACAUCACACGCCCUCCUCCUUAUCCGGGACCCCCGAAUUCCCUGCAGCGGCUACCAGCAAACGAUUGAACCUCUUUCAAGCCAUCAACUCCGCCCUGCGAACCGCCCUUUCUACCUCCGACAAGGUCCUGCUCUUCGGUGAAGAUGUUGCCUUUGGUGGUGUGUUUCGGUGCUCGAUGGAUCUACAGACCGAGUUUGGGUCAGAUCGGGUGUUUAAUACACCCCUGACGGAGCAAGGCAUUGCCGGGUUUGCCAUUGGCGCGGCGGCAGAGGGAAUGAAGCCAGUGGCGGAGAUCCAGUUCGCGGACUACGUCUAUCCCGCUUUCGACCAGAUUGUGAACGAAGCUGCCAAGUUCCGGUACCGGGAAGGUGCCACUGGGAUAAACGUGGGCGGACUGGUCUUACGCAUGCCUUGUGGCGCGGUGGGUCACGGAGCACUGUACGUUUCACCAACGGACCUUGAUGAGACUUGCAAGGGGGCUAACUUUCCAAACAGAUACCACUCCCAAUCACCGGAGGCGCUGUUUGCGCAUAUUCCUGGCCUCCGCGUUGUCGUGCCUCGAUCACCUUCACAGGCCAAGGGCUUACUCCUCUCAUCCAUCUUCGAGUGCAACGACCCCGUUAUCUUCAUGGAGCCCAAGAUUUUGUAUCGUGCCGCGGUGGAGCACGUGCCUAACGAAUACUAUACCAUUCCCCUCAGCAAGGCCGAGGUGAUCAAACCCGGCAAGGACCUGACGAUUAUCUCUUACGGUCAACCUCUCUACCUGUGCUCUGCUGCGAUUUCGGCCAUUGAAAAGACCAUGAAGGGCGUCAAUAUCGAAUUGAUUGAUCUGCGAACCAUCUAUCCCUGGGACCGGCAGACGGUUCUGGACAGUGUGCGGAAGACUGGGAGAGCGGUUGUCGUGCACGAGAGUAUGAUUAACUAUGGCGUGGGUGCCGAGGUCUCCUCCACCAUCCAGGAGGGUGCCUUUCUACGGCUAGAAGCUCCUGUCAAGCGGGUUGCUGGCUGGAGUACUCACACUGGAUUGACCUAUGAGCAGUUUAUUCUGCCUGACGUUGCAAGUAAGUCCGUCCUGGGUUACCCUUUGUGCGCACCUCUAACUUGGCUUUUCUUCAGGAAUCUAUGA